AUGCUGUUAUUGAUUUUAAUUUUGUUUUCAACAUCAGGUUAUGGUUAUGGUCAUGAUCAUGAUCGUUAUUCAUUUGAUUGGAAUGCAUUACCAAAAGUGAAUGAUUUGCUGGAAAAAUUUACCAACGAAACCAAUACACCAUGUUUAAUUGCUGGCAUACGUGUUGGCCAUUGGAAUGGAUGGGUUGAAUGGACAGGUUCGUAUGGUAUUGGUGCCGAUAUUGAAAAUAAUGUCCAAUGUUCAUCACAAACAAUGCUUAAAGUUGCAUCGGUCAGUAAAGCCAUUGGUUCGGCAUUAAUAGCACGAAUGAUUGAACAAGGAAAACUUUCAUGGGAUUCGAAUAUCGAUCACUAUAUUGCGGAAAGUUUAUUUCCAGCAAAAAAAUAUUCGAAUAAAUUUGUUAAUAUUACUUUAAGACAAUUGAUCAGUCAUCAAGCUGGUAUAAGAAAUUCAAAAGAACAAGAUUUUAUGCAUAAUUGGGAAUUUCGUAUGCAUAAUUCAACACAAUUAUUGAAUUGGUUUGCCAAUGAUAAGUUGUUAUUCGAACCGGGACAUGGUUAUCAUUAUUCCAAUAAUGGUUGGUCAUUGAUUGGUGCCAUUGUUGAAUCGGUGGAAAAUCGUGCAUAUCAUCUGGUAUUGGAAGAUUUUAUGCGCCAAACAAUUGGCAUGCCCACAGCAACAUGUGAAUCACGUGAACAUCUUAUUAUGAAUCAUGGACAACAAUAUCGAAUCGUUAAUGGAAAGAUUGUGCCACCAGAAAUUGUUGAUAUUCUUCGUCCAUAUCCAUAUUGGCCUGCCGGUGGUGUGGUAGCACGUGUCGAAGAUUUACUCAUUUAUGGCCAACAAAUGUUGGCAUCAUAUUAUCAUCAAUCGAAUGGACGAGAAACAAUUUUAAAAAAAUCAACCGUCGAAGAAAUGUGGACCUAUCAUAAUCCAAAUGUACCGAUUAUGGAAGAAAGUAUUAAAAUCUUCAAUGAAACAAUUGAUAAUGUUAAAUUUCGUUAUGUAAUGGGAUGGGAAAGACGAGAAUUUCCUGAUAAAACAUCGAAACAUCAUUCAUCAUUAUUGGAUAAAUUGAUCUAUUUAUCACAUACCGGUGGAAUUGGUUCUGCAAAUGCAAAAUUGGCCAUAUUUCCAUCAUAUAAUUUUACAUUUGCAUUGAUCACUAAUCGUGGUUCAUUGAAUAAACAAAUGGAUCAAUUGGCCGUUGAAACAUUUGAUUUAUUGUUUUCUCAUCAUAACAAACAAACAGAAUGAUUGAAAUAAAAUCUAAUCGAGAAAUCGGUUUUGUAACCUA